AUGAACCCUCACCAGAAGAACAAGAUUGACAUCUCGUCUCUCACUCCGGAUGAGCAGCGACUCUUCCGCCUCUACGGCAAGCUGCCCUCCAAGUCGGACCACUUCGCCAAGCACCUAAAGGAGCGCAAGUACUUCGACAGCGGCGACUACGCUAUGUCUAAGGCCGGAAAAGGCGACAAGCUGGACACGGGAAGCGUCGGCAGCCAGCACCCCGUCCCUGAGAACAUCCCUCACUUAUCGAGCCCGAGCCAGAGCGCCGGCGGCCUCAAUGGCGGGCCCGGCCACCAGCACCACCCCAGCAUCAGCAGCGGCACCAGUGGUCAUCAAAUCAGUGGUAGCAUUGGUACCUCGGGCAGUCCUGUGAAAGAGAGCAGCUUGUUCAAGAGCGAGUCGAGCACUACUGAUGACGCCGAUGUCGAGAGCGAGGGACAGACGCAACAAGAUACGCCCGGCGCGGAUACCGCUGCUAAGCCCAUUCCUAUCCGAAGAUGA